CUUGUCGCUGCCCAUCACAAUGUCCAGGUCCUACGAUCGCGCCCUCACCGUCUUCUCCCCCGAUGGCCAUCUCUUCCAGGUCGAGUACGCUUUGGAAGCAGUGAGGAAGGGGACGUGCGCCGUAGGCGUGCGCGGGAAGGACGUCGUCGUUCUCGGCGUCGAGAAGAAGUCCGUCUUGCAGCUCCAAGAUCCCCGCACCGUUCGCAAGGUCGUCAUGUUGGACGAUCACGUAUGCUUGGCCUUCGCUGGUCUCACUGCCGACGGUCGCAUCUUGAUUGACAAGGCACGGAUAGAAUGCCAGAGCCAUCGCCUCACCGUCGAAGAUCCCGUCACCAUCGAAUACAUUACGCGUCACAUCGCUGGCAUCCAACAACGCUACACCCAAUCCGGAGGCGUCCGCCCCUUCGGUAUCUCCACCCUCAUCGUUGGCUUCGACCCCCAUGACACGCGUCCACGACUUUACCAAACCGAACCCAGCGGUAUCUACAGUGCAUGGAAGGCAAAUGCCAUCGGCCGCUCCUCGAAAACCGUGCGCGAGUUCCUGGAGAAGAAUCACAAGGACGACAUGUCGCGCGAAGAGAGCAUCAAGCUCACUGUCAAGAGCUUGCUUGAGGUUGUCCAGACUGGCGCAAAGAACAUCGAGAUCAGCGUCAUGGAAAGCUACGGCAAGGUCACCACGCUCGAACUCGCUGAGAUCGAGGGCAUUGUGGCUGAGAUCGAGAGGGAGAAGGAGGCGGAGGCGGAGCGCAAGCGCUCGAGAUUGGCAGCGAGCUCUGCGGGCCAGGCGGCGAUGUCGCAGCGGGUGGCAGACCAAGGGCAGUAGUUCAAACCUGUAUUAUCACAUCACUUUCACGAAAUGUUGUUGCACGCUCAGGGUAGCACAGUUGUGACCUGUGAAUUAACGGAUAGCCGCAUCGAGGACGUGAUCGCCUCUGUGCCACCAAUUAUGAUCAGGGGAGUAUAUUUACAGGCG